CUGCUGCUGCUGCUUGACUUGUUGGUUUUAUAUCAGGCAAAGGAAAAUAUUCUUCUGGUGGUGAUAAAGAGAAGAUUCAUCUUGAUGCGCGAUAAAGAAUUUCUCUUCUUCCAGCAAUCCCCUUUUUCUUCUCUGCUGGACUUGACCUCUCUACUGACAAAGAACAGAAAGCAAGCCGAUAGAUGUACGACUUGA